AUGGGCGAGCAUGUGGGGAUCCGCAGGCUCACGACGUUUUUCCGACAGUGCUACGACAUGCUUGAGGAUGACGGGGCCAUGUAUGUCCAGCUCACUGGUCUGCGUAAGGCUUGGCAGUAUGAGGACUUUAUCCGGGGUCUGUUCCUGAACCAGUACAUCUUUCCUGGAGCCGAUGCCUCUACCCCGCGAGCAAAUUACGUCGGCUGCCUCGAGAGUGCUGGGUGGGAAAUUAAAAGCAUCAACACUGUUGGUGUGCACAAUGCAGGCACUCUCUGGCGUUGGUGCCGCAACUGGCUGGGGAACGGAGAGACAAUCAAGGCCAAGUACGGUCAGCGCUGGUUCCGAAUGUGGGAGCUCUUCCUGGCACGGUCUACCAUUGCCUCGAGCCAAGGUAGUGCUACCUGUUUUCAGAUGGUAGUCAUCGAUUGGACGGGUUCAAGACUCAGUAUGGCCUUUCGGGUGCCCUGGAGGCGAGUCAUGCCGCUGGUAGGGCGAUCUUUCCAAUAUGAUUGGUUCCUGAAUCCUCCUCUACUCUAA